CCGCGAUUUUAAACAUCUCCACCUCGCUCGCGACAACUGCCCUCUCUUCCCUCCGCAACCUCACUCGUGGCCCUGGAUAUCCAUCAUCCCCCUUGAGCGCUGGGACAAGUCGCCUCUCCAUCUCCUCUCCCCCUGCCGACUCUCAUUUACCUGAGCACUCUGCGCUGUGCGCCUGACACUCACAAUGAAGUUCAACUCCGUUGCCGCUGCCAUCUCGGCCGCUCUCCUCGCCGGCACCGCUCAUGCCGACGACACCAAGCCCGCGGCCGACGAUGCGGCCUCGUCGCCGUCUGCGGCUUCCGUGCCUCCUCUGCCUACUUUCACCCCCACUACCCUCAAGGCCCCUUUCCUGGAGCAGUUCACCGAGGGCUGGGACAAGCGAUGGAAGCCAUCGCACGCCAAGAAGGACAUGACCGGCUCCGACAAGGACGCAGAGGAGUGGGCGUACGUCGGCGAGUGGGCCGUCGAGGAGCCCUCCCAGUACAAGGGCAUGGAGGGCGAUAAGGGCCUCGUUGUCAAGAACCCGGCUGCUCACCACGCCAUCUCCGCCAAGUUCCCCAAGAAGAUCGACAACAAGGGCAAGACUCUCGUCGUUCAGUACGAGGUCAAGCUUCAGAAGGGCCUCGAGUGCGGUGGCGCUUACAUGAAGCUGCUGCGCGACAACAAGGCUCUGCACCAGGAGGAGUUUGCCAACACGACGCCCUACGUCAUCAUGUUCGGCCCUGACAAGUGCGGCCACACCAACAAGGUCCACUUCAUCUUCAACCACAAGAACCCCAAGACGGGCAAGUACGAGGAGAAGCACCUCUCCAGCCCCCCUACAGCCAAGAUCGUCAAGACCACCGAGCUCUAUACUCUGAUCGUCCACCCCAACAACACCUACGCCAUCCGACAGAACGGCGAGGAGGUCAAGACCGGCUCUCUUCUCGAGGACUUCACCCCCGCGGUCAACCCGCCCGCCGAAAUUGACGACCCCAAGGAUACCAAGCCUGAGGACUGGGUUGACCAGGCCCGCAUUCCCGACCCUGAGGCCAAGAAGCCUGAGGACUGGGACGAGGACGCCCCCUUCGAGAUUGUCGACGAGGAGGCUACCAUGCCCGAGGACUGGCUGGUCGACGAGCCCACCACCGUUGCCGACCCUGAGGCUAACAAGCCUGAGGAUUGGGACGAUGAGGAGGAUGGCGACUGGAUUGCGCCCACUGUCCCCAACCCCAAGUGUGCCGAUGUCUCUGGCUGUGGCCCUUGGACCAAGCCCAUGAAGAAGAACCCCGACUACAAGGGCAAGUGGACCGCGCCUUACAUCGACAACCCUGCCUACAAGGGACCCUGGGCUCCUCGCAAGAUCAAGAACCCCGAGUUCUUCGAGGACAAGCACCCCGCCAACUUUGAGCCCAUGGGCGCUAUUGGCUUUGAGAUCUGGACCAUGCAGAAUGACAUCCUCUUUGACAAUAUCUACGUCGGCCACUCCAUCGCCGACGCCGAGAAGCUGGCUGAGGAGUCGUUCAAGCUCAAGCACCCCGUCGAGCAGGCGCUGGCCGAGGCCGACAAGCCCAAGCCUGAGGACAAGCCCAAGUCUCCCUCUGACCUCAAGUUCGGCGACGACCCCGUCCUGUACAUCAAGGAGAAGCUCGACCUGUUCCUCACCAUCGCCAAGAAGGACCCGAUUGAGGCCAUCAAGUUCGUUCCUGAGGCGGCCGGCGGUAUCGUUGCCGUUGUCGUGACUCUGAUUGCCAUCAUCGUCGGCCUGGUCAGUGCUGGCUCCUCGCCUGCCGUCCAGAAGGCCGCGACCGACGCCAAGGACAAGGCCAAGGAGGUCAAGGACAAGGCUGCCACGGCCGCCGCCACGGGCGCCGAGAAGGCCAAGGGGGAGGCCACCAAGCGUAGCACCCGCAGCCAGUCGUAGAUAGGAUGUUGUGAAGGACACCGGUUCGGAGGUGCGAGCCAAGGAUGUGCAAAUAAAAGCAUGGACACAGUGAUGCGCGGCAGUAGCAGUCGUUUAAUAUACGACACGUGUUGGAACAGACCUUGGCGCGCCGGCGGAGCUCCCCGGUGGGAAAGCAAAUGGGUUGAUGACAGCAUGGCGUAAUUGUAUUUUGGGCAAUCUGGCUUUUGACGCAGUCGGCGGCACUCGGAGGAGACGUCGGCAUGUACUCGUAGAAGAGCAGGGCAGUGCGACGGUUAGUCAAUGGACAAUGCAAGGUGAUAUGCUAUGUUGGG